AUGUCAGCUGAGAAUCUCGACGCUGCAUUAGCUGUCACAGACUGCGAAGCUUCGCAGCAACGACUUAGCCAAUUCCUCUCACCCACCAUAGCAUUCAGUGGCGACAGCCUUCCUUCGACCGCAGUGCAGUAUUUAGCUGCCUUCUGCGACACCGCGACUCCCGCGGCGAAGCGACGGUGGGUCGGUGUGGUGCUAUCCAAGCUGAUCAGAACCUCGGACGGCAUAGCUCAGAAUCUCAAGACACACAGAAAGCAACUCUCACAGCUCGGCCAGAUCCUGCUUGCGAGCGGAGAGCUCGAAGAGACCCGAAUCGUUGCUGGCCUCGUCAUUCGCGAGGCGCUGUGUCGAGGCGUCGACAAUGCAGAUUGCUGGCCGACGUCCAAGGUGCCGGAUAGCGCCCCUAAAUUCCCACAAGAAGAUGGUACGGCUUGGAUGAGGGAUUUCCAAGAAUAUCUGGACAUCCUGGAGGAUCUCAAGCUCUCCAAUCAGUCCGGCAGUCCCAGCUCAGACGUGGCUAUUCUCUACCCAGUGGCCUUGUCCACAUCAGACAAUUUCAGAUGGCCAGACGCUGAUGGCGUGGCUCCCGUUGCGCUUAUUCAGAAUGAGAGGCUCACGCUUCUGGCCACAGAUGCUUCAUUGCAAACGUUUCACUUCGUGGACAUUCCACUCAAGCACAUUAAGCGUUGCAACUUGAAAAAGUCUGGUCUUCACGACUCUCAAGCUCGGGCGACCAAUCCUGAGCCCUGGGAUGUCGAAAUCGAGCUCGAUGCUGAAUUUUGGACAUAUAGAAUCAACGAGUCCCGACAUGAGGGAAAACGAGUCACCAUACUUUUUCAGCAUAAACAGGACUCCAUGGAGUGUGUGAGCUGCAUCAAAGAAAUACUCUCUCACCCAAAGGCCUCGCUCUGUCCUCAGGCCCGACCCUCUAAUGUCCCUACCGACAGCAGACCUUCUACGUGUGCAAAUGGCCAAAGUUCCACACAGUCGGAUGACAGAACCCGCCGCAGCGUUCAAGACAGCACCCACUUUGGAAACAAUGUCGAUCACAAUGCCUCUCGCCCGAAGCCCUCCGAAACGGCAUCCCCUAAGGGUCAACAUGAUCUCAACCAAACGAGCGAAUCCAGACCCACCAUCACGCCGCUCACUGGGUUCAAAUGCACCGCAAAGAAUAGGGAGAGCACAGCAAGACAGACAAAUUCAGCUAGAGGAUCACUGCCUGUAAUCAAGAAGACCGGGCUGACAAAUGAAGGGAAGGGAGCUCAUCUUGAAAGCAACGAAGACGACGUCUACGCUGUUCCUGAAGAUUCUCCAAAAGGAAUGAAAACGCUGGGCCAGGUGAACAGGACGUCGAAGACCAAUACAAGGACACGUCGCGGUGAACUCCCAAAGAAAGCCGACAUAGACAAUGCCACAGUAAAUGUCGCAAAGGAUCCGGGCAAAGGGAAGUUCGGCGCAGGAGCGACGAAAUCGAGAAUUAUACAUGAUUCGGAGGGCGACGAACCCGGUAUUCCUCCAUAUGCCAGUGAUGCCGCAUCGAAACACGCUCCGAGUGGGUUACGAACCCUUGUUUCGGCCGCGCAUGUGGAGGAAGAUCUCGUUAUGCAUAACCAUGAAGGCGGUUUAGCGGAACGCAAACAUGUUGGCUUACCCAAAGUCGUCAAAAAAGGAAACAGGACGGAGUCGGAGUCACGAAAGAACGAUCAAGGAGACGGCGACAUCUUUGAUAUUCCGAAAUCACGGAAAAGGCACAAAGCGGUUCAGCAAAGGCACUCUAGUGCAUCUGAGAGUCUUGAGAGCUCCGACAAUGAGAGCCUUGAUCCGGACUACAUGGCCCCAAAACCAGCGCAGAAAAGACCCCGCCAAUCAGUUGACACCACUUCGAUCUCACGCCCCGGGCGCAUCACUAAACCGAAGACUACUUCGAUCAAGAGAUCACGGAAGGGGAAGACAACCCAAGAUGGUCACAAUCCUCGCAUAUCUCCGGUCAAACCCAACCCUGUCGCAACAUUAUUGUCAAAGGAGAGUCACACUUCGACUAGCCCAAGGCCUGCGAGUGCGUUAGAGCCGGCAUGUACCACCAAUCCAGCCUCAGAACGCGCCAUCAUACAGACUCGAGGACCAUCAUCUCCCCUGAGAAAAGAAAAAGUGGCUCAGACCCUCUCUCGCUUGGUCGAUGAUGAAGGACCUACUCACGCAAGUCCUCUUUCCCGGCGCGCUGCUGCUAUCAGCAACAGUCCUGUCUCAGGGCCAGUGGCUGAUAAUGAAUUCGAUUCUGAAGAGGUGCUAGCAGUCUACUGCGCAUCUUCUAAACUGUCGACUGCAGCUCACCAAAAACGUUCGGCGACGAUAUCAUGCUCCCCGAAGACACCAAAACCCAAACGGGUAAGGACCGACAAUUUUGAGGAUCUUCCCAAGACCAUGGCACCACCUCGAUUACUUGCUGAAGCCAUUAGCCCAUCACUGGAAAUCAAAUCCAAUUCUAAUCGGUUCUGUGGUAGCCGUACCGCGAUGGAGCCCGUAUUUGCUGGAAGUAUCGAUGGCCGCGUUGUCUCCGCGACCCAGUCAACACCUCGUCACCCAAAUCCAGGGGCAACCAUUUUGCGACCAUACGAUAUGGAAGGCAAGCAGACUCCGGUUAAUCAGGGAUUAUCGCGAACAUUCUCCAGUGGUUCCAAUUUGGAGAUUGCGUCAAGCAACAGCAAGCCUUUGCCUGCUCCGCCGACUGCAGAGUCAACCGCCAUAUCUGGGCAUGCGAGCCAUGCAGAUCUGGACGAAGAAGAACAGAGAUGUCGUCAGAUGCGCGAUGAAGACCCUUUUAGGCAUUCAUCUGGAAUUCGCAAACUCAAUAGUUUUAGCCGUCGGUUGGAAGAGAUUGUUGGCGUUGAGUUGCCUACCCUGACAAAUGUUGCACCCCAAUCAUUGCCCCAUGGCACGACGCUGACUAGGGAUCGAGCUAUUGAUCAACCGGCCGCCGGAGUGGAUGGGGAUGAAACGUUGAUCGGUGAGGAGGAGGACGAGCCGGCCAUGCAAGCCUCGCCUGCCCGUAUGCCUUCGUCCUCGCCAAGAUCACGAUACUCACUCAGCAGCCACAGCUCCACUUCUGCCGAACCCGAUGAGCCCUCAGUCGUGGAAUCAGAAGCCAGAGAAGACGAGGAAUGGGAGGCUAGUCUGAGGCCCUAUCAACGUGAACUCAGCGCGCAGCUUACCCGCAUAACGAGGCGUGCGCUUCGUCAUAUUGUCGAUAAGGAAACGGCUGUCCAUGAUAUUGCGGAGACGUAUAGGAGCGAUGGGGAAAGGCUGGUGGAGGCGGUGGUGACGAGACAUGGCCAGCAACACGAAGUGGUUCUGCAGGAGGUUAGGAAGAAGAAAGCAGCUAUGAGGAAAGAGUUGGAAACUCGGGCACGGAAGCUCAGAGAGAGGAGGAAGGCUAUGGAUAGGGAGUUGAGGAGUGAGUAA